UCGUGUUCACUGCAAGCAGAAAAGCUAGUUUUUUCACAUGGAUGAGAGGCUAGUCAGUCUAGAACAAUGGUUAUUCAAUUUCGUAUAAAUGUGAUGAAAUUUUGUAUCUUGAUUUGUGUUUAAUUUUUUAUUUCAAACCUACUUUUUUCGGCUAAAAGUCACUUAGUAAAAGGCUCCGACGAAGGACUAGCGGCCGAAACGUCACAGGAAUUGCCUGUUGUGGUUACCCACUGUCCAAACACACAACGACUGCAAAGAAGAGAGUUCCAUCACCAGGAACUCGACAACCGCACGUUGAGUUCGUUCUUCCAGUUGGUCCAGUGAGAGUCUUUCUAGAUAAGAAAAAGUUAUCUUCGUCGACCUAUCAACCAAUUCACAGCCAUCGUCUAUCCAGUGGUUAGGGGCGAGACAAGUUUCGCGCGCCAGAUUUCACUAGCUGUUCAUGAUCGAGUUUCAAUAAGGUAUUAGAUCAAGUUUGAAAGAUUCAAGUCUGGUAAACCGUCUCUACAAAGCUAAUAAGAAUAUGUCCUUCUGAAUUUGAAAGUAAUGAAGCUCAAGUUCUCGAUAUUGUGGUGUUGUUUUUUCACUGUUAUUCUCGUCGCAAAAAAACAAGAAGCUAAAUCUGGUUCCCCGUAUGACGACGCUGUUCACUAUUGGCCRCUUAACAAUGGAACAGGUUUACGAGACGUCGUUACAAAUACAACUGGAAUAAGAGACGGCCUCGUCAAAGAGAUUCACUUCGAGGGGAAGGGACCCGAGUAUCUCUUCAUAUCCAAAUCACGUGUUAAUCUGGGAAACUUUAAAGGCAGUUGCCUCGUAGACCCAACCCAAUGCAGUCCUUACUUGACAGUGUCCCUAUGGUUGAGGUACUCCAGAAGAAGGGACAUUUUUAGAAAACAGUUCUUCAUAGGGACUAGAAGGAACCUUAAACAUGGGGGACAACCGGGUUUUUCUAUCAUUGCCGAUCCCAAAAAGGGGUCCAUGGAUCGCGUGACAAUCUACUUCAACACUGASAAGAAAUUAUGGACUGGACACGUUAAUAUUCCGCAUGGGAUCUGGGCACAAGUAGGAUUCACGUGGUCGAACGCCAGUGGUUUAGUUAUUUUUAGAAAAUGCGAGAGAGUUCAGUCUAUAGUUUCUGGAACUGCGCAGAUUUCGUCACRGAAGAGUAAUAAAAACCUUUAUCUUGUUAAAGCUCCCGGGAAAGGAAAAGCGGCCUACAAUAUUUCAUUUGAUGAUAUAGCUGUGUGGUAUUCACCCUUGAAUCAGAUGCAGAAAGGACGAAUUUGCUCGCAUAAAUUAGAGUCCCCAGUGUUAGUGUCMACGUGCGAUUCUGGUCCARCAUGGCUGACGGUCAAAUGGAAGCCGUCAGACCCAGCCUACGAUGCGAUAACAGGUUUUUACGUGUUUUACAAACUGAAGACAAAAUGGAUGAAAAUACAAACCAAUAGCUCAGUGCGCAUGCUCAGGAUUGCUGGACUAGAUCCUUCGUCGCCCGUAGAAAUUCGAGUGCAGAACAAAAUCCACAAAGGCCAUGGAAGAACCAGCAAUACAAUUAUCUGUAGAACUUCUGACCUUCACGCACUUGGAAGCCCAUACAAUCUUACAGUAGAAGCCACUUCUUCUCGUACUCUUCUCAUUAAAUGGAAGCAUCCAGUAAACAAGACCGGUGUGCGAGGAUACUGGAUUCUGUACAAAGAGGCUAACAGUUCUUCUGACUUCUUCAAGUUAGACGUAGGAUUGUUAUACAAGUGUARAUAUCUUAUACCAGGACUAUCCAAGAACACUAGCUAUCGAAUCAAGGUCAUAUCAUACGGCAACGAUGAUUCACUCAAGCCCAGUCUACCGGCGCAGCUGAUUGCAUCCACGGACAAUGAUGACUCACGCACAGUAUUGUCAGUGAACAUCCGUCCAGYCAAUGAGAAGACCAUGUUAAUCCAAUGGAAACCCCCAUCCGAUCCGGUUACGAUUUUCUGGUACAAGGUCUUUUUUCAGUGGAAACGCGACGGCCAAGAAAAGAUGAUCGAAAUCUACCGCGGCAACUYGACUAACUACAAAUUCUCCAUGCAAAACAUGCCAUUCCCACAUGCGUUUUAUGUCAUGUCGUACAUCAAAGGCUUCAUACAACCGGCUCCAUUAUCAGCCACUCCAAGAAAUGUGACGGUACAGUCAAUCAGUUGGGGGACAGCGGUGAUUGCCUGGCAACCUCCAAUCGCGAAGUCCCCACGUGACUUUGUAAACCGAUACCGCGUGACAGUGGAAUCGAGAGGGAUAAGAGUAGAGUUAAAGACACUGCRCACUCGUGUAACUGUGGCUGGUUUAAAACAACUGACCAGUUAUCGGGUUAAUGUACAAGGUGUUAAUCAAGUAGGAUAUGGACCGUUCCUUGCCGAUGACGUGGUGUUCAAUACUGUUGAUAUGGACGAAUGUGCGAAUCUCACAAGCAGCUGUAGGAAUAGUUCAGACGACAUUCUUGUCUUUGAUGACAAGCAGUGCAGGGUUGAUCUAGUGCGUUGCCAUAGAAACGCACGUUGUAUAAACACUGAUGGAUCUUUUUACUGUAAGUGCAACAAAAACUACAUUGGCAAUGGCUGGAAAUGCCAAGAUAUACCAGGUCAUGUGACAGAGAUGGAUUUCUGCCAGGWAGAGACGUCACAGAAGAUCAAAUGGACGCGUACUUUACGUGGACAAAUCGAUUUGACGUCAUGUCCUGAAGGAGUUACAGGCGUUGCUCGUAGAUCCUGUGAUGGUGCAGAAGGUGAGCGCGCAAUAUGGAACACACCCGAUCUCAGUGACUGUGUAUCCAAGUGGGCUUUAGAGAUGAAAGACGCCGCGAAUGAUCCAAAAGUGAGCGCAGCUUCUGUGGCUGAACAGACCGCGAACCUGACUAAUGUUCGACGCGUUGAUAACAUUUACCCUGGUGACUUGAAGGCUAUGGUUAACGUGCUGGAGGUUGUAUCAGAGAGAGAAGAGAAGAAACCAGUCAACAAUAUUGAAGAAACAGAAUUUACCAAAUCAGUUGUUCACACUGCAAGCAACAUUUUAGAUUCAAAGACCAUCGGCAAAUGGGCUUUUAUACCUAAGGUAUCACGCAAAAAUCAAACCGGAGUGCUAAUAAAUACAGUAGACAGUGUUGCGUUACGGAUGGCUAGAACAGGUCAAUAUGGUCGUACCACUAUGAAAAAUGUUGUGCUUGACGUCGGAUCAACCAACCAAUCGGCAUCCAGCAGUAUUCUCAUUGGUCGAAAGAGGAGCAARCAAGAAGAAAAUCAAACAGUGAUCAUGUUUCCUUCUUCUGAACUCAAUCAAGAUUCUAGUUCCCAGUACUUCACGUACGCGUGGAAACCACAAACUCUUCCUGCGUCUACUGGGACAUGUCAAAAGAGGCAGGAUAUUGGUCAACUAAUGGUUGCUUUGUCAACACCACCAACAGUACRCACACGGUCUGUCAUUGCUAUCAUCUGACAAGCUUUGCUGUUCUUAUGAGUGUGAAGGGAGACACGUCGGUACUUAUUCAGGGCCGACACAAGAUAGCUCUAUCGUUAAUCACCUACAUCGGGGUGGUGUUAUCAGUCACAGCUCUCUGCCUCACCUUUGUUACAUUCUUAUCAUUCAGAUUCUUGAAGUCUUCCCGUACUUUCAUCCAUUCCAAUCUUGCCUUAUCGUUGAUUCUCGCUCAGCUUCUCUUCUUGUUCGGCAUCAACAAGACGCAGAUCAAGCUUGUUUGUCAGAUAAUUGCGGGUGCUCUUCACUACAUCUGGCUCGCGUCGUUCGUAUGGAUGGCUUUAGAGGGAGUCAUGCUGUAUUUGAUGCUGGUAAAGGUGUUCGGUUCAAAGACCCUGACUCAAAGGAAACGUAUUAUCUUUCUAACAAUAGGAUGGUGUUUACCGUUGAUUGCCGUGGCUGUAUCAGCUGGUUUGAAUCCCCACGGUUAUGGCACAAAAUACUAUUGCUGGCUGUCCAUGGAUCAUGGUUUCAUUUGGGCUUUUGUUGGUCCAGCACUACUUGUAAUCGCUUUUAACUUUGUAAUCAUGGGAGUAACCUUUAGUGUGAUGGCAAGACGAACAGGCCAUCGACGAAAACCAAACAAGAUACGAAGAAUAAGAUAUUGGGCCAAAGCUUGUACGCUCUUGACGUGUAUUCUUGGACUGACCUGGCUCUUUGGCGUCUUCUACAUUAACAACGAAACCAUCUUUAUGGCUUACUUCUUUACCAUAUUUAACUCAUUACAAGGUGUAUUUAUAUUCCUUUUCCAUUGCGUUGGAGAUGAAAAGAUCCGCCGUGAAUACAUUCGUAUCAUAUGUUGCCGAGUCAAAGGACCUGCUUACACCAUGGCAUCCAAAAGUCACAAGUUACACUCGAGUGGAGAAAAGAUAAUUAAAACGUUAGAUAACGCAGACUCGAAAAUCUUAAACUACAAUACUGUUUCAACGGGCACGACCAGUUCAGAUAGUCAAAGAACAGUACUUGUAAUGUUCCAAAAGCGCUCCUCAUUGGGGCAACGCAGUUCCUUAAAUCGCGGUGACAGUGAAAGCAUAAGCAGCCAGCGAAUAAGCGGAGAAGUCAUCAACAACCCACGUGAUAGUUUGGCUAGUUUUUCCAGUUUCAAACUACAGAACCGCAACAGUGGACGAUACUCUCUGGUUUCACGUGAAGCUGACGCACAUGAGCACCAGCCUGUAGGAGAUCUCAGUAUUGUUGAAGAAGUCUCAUCGACAGUACACGACGCUGUUGCAGAAGAAGAUGCGUCCAAAGCUUAAGAUCCCUAGAAAGCUAAUAAACCAUAUCGUGGAUAUUUUUAACGAAUACAUAAUACCAAAAUAUAUAUCAAGAUUAUAAUAAUACGAUAUAGAAAUAUAUAGCUUCCAAAUAGAUGUCGUUAAGACAGUAAUGGUGGCCAUGAAGUCACGGUAGUAGAGUGAAGCUCCGUGACAUGUCGCAGCUGUACCCGUCGCGUGACAGAAAUUCCAAGAGAUAUCACACGUGACAAAUUUCUUUGCAACAAAAGUAUAAUCAAUAGCUACUUUGAAAUGCAUAAACAAUUAAAAACUAGCGGACUCCAUUAUCAAGGCUCUAAGAUUACAUUAUUCUGCGAGUUGUUCACUAUGUAACAAUAGUAAAAAUCAAGGAAAGCUAGCCACCACGACAUUGCAGACUUCUAGACAGCGGUACUAUCCAAAAGUCGCCAUUUCUUCGGCUGGGAACAUAAUGCCAUUAUAAGCAAUGUUACAAAAAGUGUUGAUUAAAUAUGCUGUGCGCAACGUUCCAGAA